UGGAGCGCGGAGGAGCUGCGGAGCGAGGCGCUGGCCAAGAAGGAGAUCAUCAAAUUCCUGCAGGAGCACGCGGCGCAGGCGUUCCUGGCGGAGCACAAGCUGCUGGGGCAGGUGAAGAACGUGGCGAAGACGGCGAAUAAGGAGCAGCUCAUCGCGGCUUACACGCAGCUUUUCCACACGCAGCGGUUCAAGGGCACGGACGGCGCGGAGAAGGCGGCGGAGAAGGCGAAGCCGGCCAAGGCGGAGGAGGCCAAGGGGAAGGCGGCGAAGGCUGAGGAGGCUGUGGAGGAGGGGCCACCAAAGUAUACAAAAUCCAUUUUAAAGAAGGGCGAUAAAACCAACUUCCCGAAGAAAGGAGACACUGUGCACUGCUGGUACACGGGAAAGCUGCAGGAUGGGACAGUCUUCGAUACCAAUAUUCAAUCAAGCUCAAAGAAGAAAAAAGCAGCCAAGCCCUUGAGUUUCAAGGUUGGCGUAGGAAAAGUGAUCCGAGGUUGGGAUGAAGCCCUGCUGACCAUGAGCAAAGGAGAGAAGGCCCAGCUGGAAAUCGAGCCCGAGUGGGCCUAUGGGAAGAAGGGGCAGCCCGAUGCCAAGAUUCCCCCGAACGCAAAGCUCUUCUUUGAAGUGGAGCUGGUGGACAUCGAGUGAGGAGUGAAUUCCCCUGCUGCUGGGAGCCCAGGGACUGGUGCUGGGGAUCCAGUUCAGCCUGGCCCUGUGGAAAGGGAGCGCUGUCCCUGCCCCUCUGUACAGUGACACCACUAAACCAGUUUGUACCCUC